AUGGGAAAAAAGAGAGGCAGAAAUGAGGAAAGUCAGCCAAAGGAACAGGAGGAUAUCAUCUCAAUAGAAGGAAUAGAGAAGUCUUUUCAGGAAAAAUGGAACAUGAUGGAAGCUGCAUUAAAGAAAAUCAAACAAACAAGUGAGGGAAGGGUAGCCCUUCCAAAUUUUGUCAAGAGGAAGAUCCGCCUGUUAGGGACACAUAACAAAAAAUCUAAAAAUGAAAAUAGAAAGCCCAUAGAUGGAACUGGAAGUAGAAAAAGGGACGACAUGAAAAUAGAGAAAUUACUUAUGAAGAAGAAACAGGUGUUUGAUGAACUCUGUGGAAUCAAUACAUUACAAGUCUAUCAGAGCACAAAUGAGAGAAACAAGUUAUUUUACAUGAAUCUUCAUGCUUUGAAGACAACGAAGGCAAUGAAUAUAUUCAACUGUGAAGACAUUCAUAAUCACGACCGGGACUGGGAGCGAUUUGUACGGGAAGAGUUCGACGUAUGCUCGGCUCAAACGUUUUGCAAAAAAGGAAAAAGGGCUCGACUUCAAGGACGACAAAAACAACCUCGGGAUGGUGCAGAUAUCAUAUGUUUGAUAGAUAUGACAACGGGGGCGGAGAACACUAGGCUUUCUUCUUCAUGUGCGUUUUGUAUUUUCAUCUUCAUUUACAAGAGCAUUAAGUGCAUUUUUGGUUUCAGACUAGUGUAUGAGAGCAUACCUACUAACAAAUUGCAAAAGUCACCAGAGAACGAGCUUAUAUGGCAAAUCAACAUUUUGAACACUAUUAGUAGAGGCGUCCGCCACCUUAAUCCCGGGCAUCCCAGCCGCCGCCGGCCUGCUGCUGUGAACAACCGCUGCCGCCACCUCCGUUCCUUGCUGCACCGAACCGCCGAACAUCGCGGCUACCUUCCCUUCCGGCGAGAACGAGUGGCCACCGUGAGUGCGUCCUCUGCCACCAUUCCUCCAUCUUCUUCUUCUUCUUCUUCUUUCUGUCGCCAUCUGCAACCUCAACACGGCAGUUUCCGGUGCUGCUCCGACUGCCACUCGCCUUCUUUCUGUCCUGCAGCAGCUAGCCGCCGCCGCCGCUCGUACGGCCCUCCCAUCCGCUAUCCGCUGCUCCGGUCGUCGUACCACCCCCGAAGAGGAAGAAACCAAAAGCAAAGCGAUUGCGGCUUUUGCGAGAAUGACAAGACAGAAUUGACCUGGCUUAAUGCUCAUCUUACAAAGAUCUGGCCCUAUGUUGAUGAGGCAGCAUCUGAAAUUGAUAGUAUUACCAUUUGCAUUUAUCUUUUCAUAGAAUCAUUGGCAACAAUGUGCUCAAAGCUUCCUCAACUCGCUCGACUGAGCAUGCACUCUCAAUCAACACUUGCCUAG